UCUUCCCCAGCUUCUUCAACCUCGAAAACCCUAAUUUCAAUUGCACGGACCCAUCACCAAAUCAAACCCACCACCACGAUGCAAUCCGUCCAAAUCUUCCUCCAAUCCCCAGACCUCCAAAUCCCAACCCAAACCCUAACCCUAUCCCCAAUUCAAACCCCAACUCUCCACCACCUCAAGCUCUCUCUUUUCUCCCAAACCCUCCCCUCCCUCUUCUUCACCCUCAACGGCAAACCCUUACUCGACUCCACCCCUCUCCUCACCUCCCGAAUCCCCCCUCUCUCAACCCUCAUCCUCCGAAUCAGAACCCCCGGCGGCGGCGGCGAUGGAGGCGCCACCGGCGCCGAGUCACGCGACUGCUACCUCAACAUGUACGCCGAGAAGAAGCCGGACAAGGUGGACCCGUACGAACAGAGGCUCUCGAAGUUUCUGAACUGCUCGCUCUCCAAUGAGCCGUUGAAGGAUCCUUGCGUGGUGGAUAUGCUCGGGAAUGUGUUCAAUAAGGAGCCUCUGGUUGAGGCCUUGUUGGGGAAGAAGGUGCCGAAGGCUUUCGGCCACAUUAAGGGCUUAAAGGACAUGAUCCCCGUGCAUUUUACGUCGAUUUCGGGGCAAGGACUGGAGUCUAGGGCAGAGGCGAGUGGGCCGAGGUUUCAGUGCCCCAUUUCGGGGCUGGAGUUUAAUGGCAAGUCUAAGUUUCUGGCGCUGAGGAGCUGCGGGCAUGUGCUGAGUGCCAAGGCCUUGAAGGAGGUGAAGUCUUCGGCGUGCUUGGUGUGUCAUGUGGGGUUUAAGGAGGGGGAUAAGGUUGUGAUCAAUGGGAAUGAGGAGGAGGUCGCGGCGCUGAGGGAGAGGAUGGAGGCUGAGAAGGCGAAAUCGAGGGUGAAGAAGGCGAAGAAGGCGAAAAACGAGGUGGAGGAGGAGGGUGUGGAAGGCGUGAGGUUGAGUGGUACGAAGCAUGGGAUUGAUGGGAAGGGUGGGGAGAAUGUGAAGGGUGUGAGUAUUGGCCCUGCGGUGAAGAAGUUUAAGGCUGUGGAUGUAGCCCCAGCUCAUGCUACUAAGGAAGUUUAUGCUUCGAUUUUCACUUCUUCGAGCACAAAGAAGUUUAAGGAGACGUAUUCUUGUAGAUCUCUCCCACUUGGUAGAAACUGAUUGAUGGUAAGGUAUAAGAAACUGUUAUAAUGGCGUACUUGUAAUGUUGUUUUUGCUCGAACCUCCUUAAUUUGUUGUAAUUUGCACUUGAAGUUCAUAAACCGAUGGAAAUUUGAUAUCUUUCAAUUACAUGCUCUCAAAAUUGGCUUGUUGUUGCUCGUUAGGAAACAUAAUGUUUUGAUGUACAUUAGUUUUAGUUGAGUUGAUGCAAUGAAGUCCACAGUUGUUUCGUGAGGGCAGUUAAACUGUCUUGAUCAGUUGAUCCUGCCUCAUCUUAUUGCCUGGGAUUUAAAGAACUGGACCAAACACCGGGAGGAAGGAGAUGGCUGAUCGGGAAGAACUCAUUCAGUUAUAUCAGUAGAUAUGCUUAAAUUGUUGGCCUUAACCAUUCUGUCUCCUUAUGUAAUAUGUAUCUUCUCUCAUGUAUAUUCACAAACAGGAAGCAAUUGCUGCAUUUGUAAAUCCACGAGGCAACAAGAGC